AUGUCACUAUUUAAAAGAAUUACAAGUUUUUUUUCAAAUCAGUCUUCAAAUUUAAUUGAAGUAACUGGAUAUUUUUAUCAUUUUUAUAGAGGACAAUGGGUUUGUUUAUUCAAUGACUGUGAGUUGGUUAUUCAUAAAAUUGAAAAUUUUAGAUACCAAAUUCAAGUAACAAGAAUUGUUGAUCAAGAACAAGAAAAUGAAAGAAGGAAACAAAGAGAGUUGGAAGGUGGUCAAGAAGACGAAGAUGAAGAAUCUCAAAUCAAUUAUUAUGAAUUUCCAGUUACAGUUGGUUUAGAUUUAUUUAAAGAAAUUGGACCACUAGGAAAUUAUUCAUUAAGUUGGAAAGGUACCAACACAAGAUUCUUAUUUGAAUUUGAUGAAAAUAAUAAUAAUAAUAAUAACAACGGCGAGGAUAAUAAAGAAAAAUUAAGAAAAAUUUUAUGUGGUUGUAUUUACGAAUCAAUUUAUUUAACAUCAUACACAAAUGGUAGUGAAAAUGAAAUAGAAAAUUAUUGUAAAGAAACUCAAACUAUUGUCAGAGCACCAUUAAAAACAAAUAUAGACACAAUUCAAGCAGAAAGAAUUGAUUUAAGUAAAUUGCAAAAACAGCAAGAGGAAGAAGAGGAAGAAGAAGAAGAAGAAGAUACCAAAGCAUUUUACCCAACAUCAGAUCUCAAUGAAAAUUCCAGUAAUCAAAAUAUUUCAUUUGUAAAAGUAUUACCAGUAACCGGUCAAGAGUUAUAUCGUUGUGAAGUAGCACUUUAUAUUGAAACAGAUGGUAGAUUUAACAUCAAAGAACCAAAUGUCACUGUAUUAUUAAAUAAAACCUCAAAUGACCCAAUCGAGUAUACCUUUUAUUUAUUGUUAAAUAAUUCACCAAUUUUUUCACAAAUUAUCGACACAAAUAUGUACCCACAAUUCUUUAAUGAACAAAUUUCAUUUAUUUGGUUAGCUGAAUUAGGAACCAAUUCAAACAGAUGGAGUAUUAAAUUUUCACUAGUCGAAGAAUAUGAAGACUUUAGAAAUAAAUUUACCAUAAUUCAUUAUGAAACUGUUAAUCAAACCAAAUUUAAAGGUAAAAAGGAUGAAAUUGAAUAUAUGGCAAAUAUUUUAACUGAAGAUCACCAAGAUGAUGAAAUUGUAUUUGAUACAGAUGAUGGUUUUAAUGCCAAGGAUUUGGAAGAUUUUGACAACUUGGAUAUUAAUGAUUCAAAUUCAGUUGCUGACAUUUUAUCAGAAUCUGACCAUAAAGAAUAUAUUGACCAAUUAAAAGAAUUAGAAGACCAAGUUAAAAAUGAACAAAAGCAUCAAUCUCAAGAAGAAUCAGAAGAGGAAGAAUCAGAGGAAGAAUCAGAAGAAGAAGAGUCAGAAGAAGAGGAAUCAGAAGAAGAGGAAUCAGAAGAAGAGGAAUCAAAAGAAGGAGAGUUAGAAGAGUCAUCUGAAGAAGAAUCAGAAGAAUCAGAAGAAUCAGAAGAAUCAGAAGAAUCAGAAGAAUCAGAAGAAUCAGAGGAUGUUGAAAAAGUAUUUAAAGCUCCAUAUAGAAAACCAAUAAGAAAAGAUUUAAUUAAAGUUGAAUCAUCAUCUGAAGAGGAAGAAGAAUCAGAAUCAGAGUCAGACGAAAGUGAGGAAGAAUCGGAAUCUGAUUCAGAACCAAUUGAUAAAACAACUAAAAAACAAAUUACAAGAGAUUUUAGUAAAUCAAAGAAUAGCUCAUUACUUGUUGGUUACAAAGAUCAAUCAUAUGUAGUAAGAGGAUCAACUAUUGGUGUAUUUAAUAAUGAUGAUUCAAAUAUUAAAUUCAAGAAUGCAAUUACCAAUAUUAAAACUAAAAAUGGUCAAAAUUUUUCUCCAAAGAAAUUAAUGCUUCAAAAACAAGACAACGAUUUAUUAAUGUUAAACCCAGAUAAGGCGUCAAAUGUUUACAAGAUGGAUUUAAAUAGACCAGAUAUUGUCGAAGAAUGGGAUAUGAAAUGGAGAGGUCAAGAUACAACAACUACUUCGAUUGCACCACAAUAUAAGAAUGAUGAGUUAACCAAUAACUCUAUUUUCCUCGGAUAUAAUGGUAAUAGCAUAUUCAUGGUUGAUCCACGUGAAUCUAAAAAUAAAGUUGUUACCAAAUUCCAUGGUGGGGCUAAUCCAAAAUCGGUUUAUAGAUGUGCAGCCACUACUGAAAAUGGCCAACUUGCAAUUGGUACUUCAAAAGGUGAAAUUAAAAUGUUUAGUAAAACUCAAUUCGAUGCAAAUAAACGUUCAACUACUUCAGAUGAUCCAUUGGGUGCUAUUGCAAGAUCUCGUACAACUCUUCCAGGUAUUGGUGACGAAAUUAUUGGAAUGGAUAUAACAAAAGAUGGUAGAUGGGUAGUAGCUACUUGUAAAAAAUAUAUCAUGGUCAUUCCAGCUCAAUUAAAGGAUGGCAGUAGUGCAUUUGAAGAUCGUUUGGGUGCUCGUCGUCCAUUACCAAAGCGUUUAAUCCUUAAAGCUGCUGAUAUCAAAAGAUUGGGUGGUAAUGUUGAAUUUGCUCCAGCUAGAUUCAACCAAGCCGAAGGUGAUGAUCAAGAAACAUUUAUUCUUACUAGUAGUGGUCGUUUCCUUAUCACUUGGAAUUUUAGAAAAAUUAAACAGAAUAUUUUGGAUGUUUACCAAAUUAAAGAAUUUUCAACCGAAAUUGUUGAUGAACAAUUUAAAUGUUAUAGGGACAAUUCAAUUGUUGUAGCUUUUCCAGAUAAUGUAGUUUUAUCACACAAAAAAUUAAAUAAAUAAAUUAAAUAAAUUAAAUCAAUAAAAUUUAAAUUUAAAUUAAUAAAUGUUAUAAACUAAAAAAAAAAACAUUUUUUUUUUUUUUAAACUUUUAUAAAU